AAUAACUCUAUGGUUGAGAACGGAUCCGAUUUGUGUUUUGUUUUGCUUGUGACGUCUGUGGCUUGUGUUUAUUAUUUUGACGUUUAAAUUAAAUAAACAAAAACAAGUGAAGAUAUUAUUGAAGUGUGUUUAUUAUGUAGUACUUACCUACUCCACUAAAAAGUUAUUGAAAGACUGAAAAUCCUUAGCACAAAACGAUGGCCUCGAGAAAGAAAAAUAUGGAUGUGUUUCUUAAAGAAGUAUUUGUUAGAUACAUUGCCAUACAAGAUGCGGACUACAAGAAGGCCCAAUCAGUAUUCAACAGUGUGUUUGACCAAGUUAAGCAGAAGAUGUGUGAGCAAGACAGUUACUAUGGGAAAUAUGCUAACGAAGUGCUAAACGCGGGCAGCGUGUACGACGGCAUCAAGGUGGGGCGUCUCGACGAGUUCGACCUGGACGUGGUGGUGCGGCUCCCCAUCAGCUACGAGGACGGGGACCUCGGCAUCGUGGUCGAGAACCAGCGGCCCGGCUUCGUCAAGCUGAAGAUCGCCAGCGCCUUCGACCAUCUUGAUAAACAGCAGGACUGGGAGAAGUGCCACAAGGUGACUCGGGACUGGCGCGAUGCAGACAAGUACUUCCUACAGAACAAGUUCCGUCAGUGGAUGCACCGGGUGGUGCAGCGAGCGGUCAACGACCUCGGCGGACAGGUGUCUGUUGGCGACGUGGUGUAUUUGCUCACGUUCAAGGAGUCGGGGCCAGCGUACACUCUCAACAUCCGGAACCAGAAGGGGGCGGAGGCGUUCACGCUGGACGUGGACCUGGUGCCGUGCAUCCGGUUCAUGCUGCCGCGCUGGCCCGAGGGGUACAGGUCAGUAGAAGGCAGUCAAGAGAAGAAAUGGCUGGUGGUGCCGAAGCCCCUCAAGUCCUUGACCGACGCGACCCUCAAGAACCGGUGCUGGCGCCUCGCCUUCCACGACUUCGAGAGGGAACACAUCAAGGGCUGCGACCAUUUGAAGAUGACCAUCCGACUGUUAAAAAAACUACGCGACGCGCUCGAGCUGCGUGAGAUCGCCAGCUACUAUAUCAAGACGCUAUUCCUGUGGGAGAUCGACGAGCGACAGGACAAGAAGUACUGGCGGAACAAGAUCAGCGUGCUCUUCCAACACAUGACCAGGAAACUGUACGAGGCAGUCGACGCCCACAACAUCCCAUACUUCUGGCAGCGAGACCACAACCUCAUCGAGGGACUAAAACCCAGCCUGCAGAAACUAUACGCGAGUAAAUUGAAAAAUGUCGUCAAUAGAAUAGAGUCGAACGAUAUAGAUAGCGUCGUCGCGGCUCUACUGACUCCUGAAGAGUUGGUAGACUUUAGAAGCUCAGAGUUUUACCAAUCGUUUCCUGAGACGACUGUCGCGGAUGUAGUGCCGUCUCCGUCAGUCUCCCGACAAGAGUCAAACAAGUCCAUAACGGCAGUCGACGGAACCCAAAAUGUCACUAGAGAUAAUGAAACAAACGAGCUAUUGAGAGAGCUACUCGCGUCCAACAAGCGACUCGAAGGCAAGUUCGAAUCGCUUAUCAAAAGAAUCGAGAACAAAGUCGAUUGUUUAAGUAAGACUGUUGAUGAUCUCAAUGCUCUGGUAAGAGCUAAGCCGUCUAGUCAGACUGAAACAGGUGAUACUUUAGAUUCCUUAAAGGAUUUGAAGAUUUCUGAUGAAGAGAAUGUCAAAGAUACUCCAGUGAAUGGGGAAAUGAUUAUGAAUGUGCUCAGUAGCAUCAGUGCCGUAGAAACUGGCUCGGAUUUACUUAUAAACUUUUGAAACUUUUUUUAUGCGAUUUGUUAUUUUACUUAUUUACAUUAUAUUAUCACGUACCUAGUUCGUAAGACUGAGAUUAUUUUUGUUUUAGUUCAUACGGUCCCAUGGGCCAUGGGGCUAUAUAAGUAUGGUAUUCACUUUUCAUCCUAUUUUUAUGUUAUCAAAGUAAUUUGUGAUUUUAUUUUAUGUUUAAGGAUCUGUUUCAUAUUAAAUUUUUAUUACAAUUUU